AUGGUUGCAUUCGGAAAGAUACUCCCAGUAGUUGGUGAGUUUGGAGCGUUUCAAAAUCGCCUGUUGUUGGCAAUAUCGAUACCCAACAUAUUCAUGGCCUUUCACAUGUUCAGCCAAGUUUUCACAGGUAUGAAUUUUCCUCACCACUGCAACACCGACUGGAUACUCGCCCGUGGACCCAAAUUGACCUAUGACCAACAGAAAAAUCUCACACUUCCAAUGAAUGAUGUUGGGGAAUAUGAGAGCUGUCGUAUGUUCACACCGGUGGACUUGGACUUGGAAACAAUUCAAGAGCAAGGAAUCAACAGCACCAUAUAUUGUACAGAUGGGUGGGUUUACGACACACCCCAAGGAAACCCCACUCUGGUGACAGAGUUUAACCUGGUGUGUGACAACAAAGGUGUGAGUGACGCAUCACAGUCCAUCUACAUGACCGGCCUCCUAAUAGGGUCCCUGGUGUUUGGACCUAUGGCAGACAGGUUUGGUCGUCGCUUCGCCAUCCUCGUUUCCCUGCUCUUCCAAUUGCUGUUUGGAGUGGCCGCUGCCUUCUCCCCCAACAUCUAUGUCUACAUUAGCCUUCGGUUCGUGGUCGGCAUGACAAUAUCAGGCAUUGCCAUGAACACAUUUGUGCUAGGGGCUGAGUGGACCAGUACAUCUAAGCGGGCCCUCUUCACCAUCAUCUCACAAUGUUUCUAUGCCGUGGGGCUGAUGUUGCUGCCGUGGAUUGCCUACGGGGUCCGCAACUGGAGGGCCCUGCAGCUGGUGCUUUCCAGCCCCGUCCUCCUACUGGCUGUCUACUUCUGGAUUCUCCCAGAGUCGGCCCGUUGGCUACUAACUCAAGGCAGGCAGAAUGAGGCCAGGCAGGAGCUCCAGAGGGCAGCUGCGGUCAACAGGAGAGAGGUCCCCCAGUCAUUACUCGACAUGCUGGAGGCUGAGAACACGUCUACAACGGGCAGUAUGAUGGACCUCUUCAAGAUACCCAACCUGAGGAAACGUGCUCUCACCAUGAGCUACAUCUGGUUUGUGACCAGCCUGGUCUACUUCGGCGUGAGUCUUAACGUGGGCCAUUUUGGCCUGGACAUCUACCUGACCCAGUUUAUCUUUGGCCUGGCAGAGAUUCUUUCUCGCCUGGGCUGCUACACCCUCCUGGAGCGCCUGGGCAGGAGGCUCUGUCAGGCAGGCACUCUCUUCUUUGGUGGAGCAGCUUGUCUCCUAAUUCUUGCUAUUCCUGAAGACCUUCCAGUAUUGGUGACAGUCAUUGCAGUGACUGGAAAGUUUGCUAUAGCAGCCUCCUUCACUAUUGUCUAUGUAUAUACUGCUGAGCUCUAUCCCACCGUUGUAAGACAGAAUGGUGUGGGUCUGAACUCCAUGUGUGCCCGUGGGGCGGGCAUCCUGGCCCCUCUGAUGCAUCUGCUAGAGGUGUACCACCAGGCCCUGCCCAUGCUCAUCUGUGGCCUCCUGCCCUUCAUCGGCGGGGGGCUGUGCUUUCUACUGCCAGAGACCCUCAACACUGAGCUCCAAGACUACAUAGACCCACUCGUGGAGAAGACAAUAACAUCAGAGAGCGGGACUAUUGAAAACGGACUUGAUGAGGAGGAGAAACCAACUGAAUUGAGGAGCUCAAAAUUCUGAUCACUGUCUGGUCCAUACUCUCUGGAGGUGUGAGUUAGAUAUUACUCUAAAAUAUCUCUUAUUUUUUGUAAAUGAUACCACCCAUUUGGGACUAAUUAUUUGUUUAAAUGAAUGAAUAAUACAAAAUGAUUGAUGUUGUGUAUAAAAUAAA